GUCAAUAACCACUCGGGCUUUCAUAUGGAGAUAUAGCGCAUAAAAUGAAAAAUCGUCAAGUUUCUGACCCGCUGAUAAAGUCUUGAACUGCGAUAGUAUGCAGAAGAACCAGUCCAGUCAUAGAGCUGCAGAAUAAGGCUUAGUGGUGUGAAAAUGAAGGUUUUGGUGGUUUUGUGCAUCGUUCUCAUUGCCUUUACUUUGAUUGUCUCAGCGAAGAAAAACAAGUCAAAUGACGAAGAAAAGCCUAAAUCGUAUAAAAAGGUUUUCAAAGAAUGCCAGAAAAAAGACGAAACUCGUGUGGAUGCUUCCAUUAUACGGAAACUGAAAAAACAUAAACAAGUGGAUUUGCCGGCCAAUUUUGGGGACCAUAAAUUGUGCGUUUUUAAAGGCAUCGGCUUGCUGAAGGCUGAUAAUACUGUGGACGAAGACAAGCUUAAAAAGAAAAUUUCCAGUGCCAAACCUCAAAAGGACAAUGUCGACAGCAUCUUUACGGAGUGCAAAUCCAGCAAAUCAACACUGCAGGAAACCGCUUUGAAUCUUGAUAGGUGCCUUACUACAAAUUCUAUUGAGUUUUAGCAUCAAAUUUUACGUUAAUCUUUGUAUAUAAUUUAAUUUCUAAUUGCUGUAUUUAUUUUGUUUGACACUUUUGUACUGCUUUUAAAUCAUCAUGUUUGGAUAGUGCCUAAUAUAUCUAGAAACUGCGUUCAA